AUGGAGGAUGAAGACUCCAACCGCCAGGUCGCCUAUGAUGACCAGGGUCAGGACGAGUAUCUUGAUGAACAGCAACAGCUCUUAGGCAACAUCUUCGGCAAAGAUGUAGAUGAGGACAUGCUUGCAGAAGAAACAACAAGCAUCAUCGAAUCCAUCCACAGUGGUCGCCAAGGGGUAGAUAACGGCCAACUCGAAGUGGACGAACUCGGGGAGGACGAGCCCGGAGAGAACAACCCGCUUGCCCACAAACUCGGAGAAGACGGCAUGCUUGGCCACGAACCCGUUGAGGACGACAUGCUUGGUCAAGGCGGGGUCGAUGGGGCACCAAUGGCAUUCACGGACCCAAUCCCAAGAGGUUUGAUGGUGAGCCCCUCUCCUCCUCCUGAUCGGGAAACUGUGGAUGAAGCUGCUGCAGCAGAGGAAGCGAGGAUCCAGGCUGCUCUGGACGCCGCCAAACGUUACCUAUCUGCUGAAUGGCUCUACAACGCCUGGACACGCGACAACACCCCACCAGCCUGGCGCGAUGCCCUUACAAGCCUCUUAACAGCGAAUCUGGAGCCUGGUUUCAGCAGAUAUGUCUUCCCCAUGGGCAAGGCGAGACUUGGAGUCGAUCCGGAUGUUCGUGGUGACAUCCAAACGUCGAUUGAAACCUAUGUUAGAUUCAGCGGACUCUCUGCCUCCACUGUCCGGCUAUGGAGGGGUGGCCCCAUGAUCCUGGGGGCUGAUAUCAAGUUUGCGGCAGGAACCGACAUCGACCCCUCCCUGUUUAGAAUCGACAACCACGAAAAGAACCUUCACCUGGAGUGGGACAAAACGUGCCUCUCACUAGGAGAAGGCAUGAUGGUAAUCGGGCUCGAUAGCGUGCUAGACGCGUCCCUCCGAGAUAGGGAUGGUCUCAUCAAGGCGAUCAAAGAUCAGCUGUCUGCUCAAGGAUAUGCUCUGCGCUGCCUCUGGGCAAUCUAUCUGAAUGUACGGGGCGAGAUCGAGGGACCCCCCAGAUACAACGACAGACUGCUCGCAGUGGUCGAGUUGGUUGGAGAAGAGAGCAAGAUACACGGAUUCAUGAACCUCCCUGGUUCUCCUCGCUGCUUCGUCUCCUACCAUGGGCGUGGAUACUGGUGCACCAGCUGCAUGUGGAGAAGAAAAGACCAACAUCGGCAGACUGAAGCAUGCAAGGAGGCAGAAGCUGAGCGGCGCAGGAUCGCUCGCGCCGUAAAAGCAGUCCCCAAGCAAGAAUCCAGCAUCGACCCCGUCCCCCCGAUGAGAGGACACAGUAUAAUACUCGGUCCAAGAGCUAGCAGAAUGCGGGCCUCGGCAACUCCAGCGCCAGUAAGACCUCGAACGGACUCGCCACCGCCACCUCCUCCGGUUCGGGAAGUAGCAUUGUCAAUGCCACCACCAACAGUCCCAGCCUUCUUUCGCAGGGCUCCUGCUGGUUAUCAAGAUCGCGACCAACCAGCAAUCACACGUCGGACUGAACCUCUUCCUUUUAGGUCUCGAGGAGACUCCAGGGCAUCCAGCGUCCUCAGCUCUGCGCCGUCAAUCACGGAGGACGAAUCAGCAAUGCGCCCUGCACAAGGGCCCUCGAAUAUUGCCCUCGCGGCAGGCUUUCCAGUUAAACAUAAGCGUCCUGUCUCCACUCUCGGACAUGACCACUCUGUUGCAGGCCCCAGUGGCAAGCGACAGAGUGUGUCGCGUACCGCAUCUCCAGAGAUCCAAGUUUCCCCGCACGUAGUCAAGGCCACCCCACCGAAGGGGCCUCAGAAAUGA